AUGGUGCAAAAGAACAUGAGUUGGAGCAGAGUCCGGUACGAGAGGAAAGAUGGCAUGCAAGAGAGCUUGGAGAGACAAGAGCAGGAAGAAGGAAUGGAGCAUGUAUUGGGCUGUCGACGGGAGGAAGCACGCGUCACAGGUGGGGAUACAAUGCGAAAAACUGCGGGCUGGGAAAAAGUACAGGGUGAGAAAGAAAGCGGUCUGCAAGAGAGCUUGGAUAAGAAAGAGCUGGGUUCUACAACUCUUGCAGGUGUCCAAGAGACCGAGUCACAUAUGGUCGUGGAGUGA